ACCUCCUAAUUGCAAUGCGAAUAAAACGUAACGUGUGCUCAAGGUCUGCUCGGGCUACCACAAAAGUAUUAAAAAGGUGUUCUGUGGUGAAUCGAGGAUCAAAAAUUGAUUGACGUUCGAUCCGGUAAAAUCGGUGCAAUAUCGGUGCAAAAUAUGAAAUAUAUUUUGAUUUUGUCGUUUGCUGUUGGUUUGGCGCUUGCUGAAUUGCCUUCCUACAUAAAAGUAUGCAAGAAAUCGAAUCCUGACCUAGCAAAAUGCAUAAUAAAUUCAGUAAUGUCGCUGAAGCCGAAACUAGCCGAGGGCAUUUCCGAAUUGGAAGUGCCUCCCUUAGAGCCUCUUCUACUAGACACCAUAAAACUGAGAAGCGGCCCUAGCUCUGCUAAAAUCGACGCUAACAUUACCAAUCUCCUCGUAUACGGAGCCAGUGCUUUCGAACUUCCAAAUUUAGUACCGGACGUUGAAAAAAACAGAUUCCUGUUCAAAGCCGUCAUACCGCACAUCUUCUUCAAGGGCGACUACGAUAUAGACAUGAACGUUCUGAUUUUGAAGUAUAAAGGACAAGGUCCUUUGACGGGAAAUUUCACUGAUCUCACGUUGGAAGUGUUGCUCCGCGGGAAACUCAUCAACAUCAAUGGCGUGAAGCACUUGAAUUUCAGGAAGAUAGGCAUGAAACUCUCCCACAUUGGCCACGCGAAACUCCAUUUGGGCAACCUCUUCGCCGACCAAGAGGGUCUGGGUAGGGCUACCAACGAGGUGGUCAACGAAAACUCCGACAUUUUCAUCAACGAAAUCAAACCCAACCUGGAGGACGCCCUAUCUGAGAAAUUCACCGAAAUCUCCAACAUAAUUUGCACCAAAUUCACCUACGACGAAUUAUUCCCUAACUAAUUUAACAACUUACAAUUCAAUUAAACAUGAAGUAUUAUUUUUGAAUAAACUUUUUUCAUAUAUCGUU